UAUGCACAUUAUAUGCCUUGGUUUUUAAUAAAAUCUUGAAAUAUUGAAAUCUAAGUUUACGCUCGACGAAUUAAAACCAUUUAAGUUUUUAUAAAACGCAGAAUAAGAAAUGUUGAUGAUUUUUUGAUUGAUCAUCAGAUGACCGCGAAUGAUUUCACCUAGAUUUCACUUUAAAAAUAUCUAAUUUGUGUUCUUUUCAAUGAAAAAUUAUAGAUCUAGAGAUCUAAUGGUAGUUUUGUUAAAAUAAGACAAGCUUAGUGCUGGCACAAAAUAUGAUUUUAGGUUCCAGCUUAGUAGAACAAGGAGGAAAAAGCCUUGUUAUCAGUGCUUCAAGAGAAUCUCGCAGGGUCUGCAUUGAUUCCAUGCACGAUAGAACCAAUUCUGCAUGAUCAACGGACGAAGGAUAACCCGGUCCUAUACUGGCGAAACCCGGCUGACUACAGCUUAAAUUAGUGACGACCAUUGAAUAAAAGAAUGGCGACAUGCACUACACGUUUCAGAAUUUUCUUGAGUUGUUCUAUUAAAUAGGCAUUUCUUCUUCUGUCGUUCGCUCUGCACAAUUACGCCAGUAUCUGCGAUGAAGGUUGUUGUUUUGCUCCGGUCUUCUAGGUCCCCAUACAACUUCUGUUGGAGAGUAGUGUCUUGAGGCCACAUCGCAGUUCGCUCCUGAUGGUGUCGCGUACAUCUUUUGGAGGACAUGGUCAACAGUUUGAUCUCCCUCUCCGCAAGCACAGAUUUAUUUAAAUGUAAUUGCGGACGGUUUGCUGACGUUGUUAUGAUCCGAGCAGCAUUUGUGAUACUCGGGGGAGUUUUAGUGCAUUUAUGUCUGGGAAGCUUUUAUGUGUUUGGAAAUCUCACUCCUUACGUCAUAUCAUAUCUACGUAACCGUACAGAUGAACACACGCUCCGGAAUGUGGACAAUCUAUGGAUAAUGAACGCAGCUAAUCUUGUCUCACCAUUUGGAAUGGUGUUUGGCGGUGUCUUAGACCGGCGGUUAGGUGUCAGGGCGGCAACCGCUAUAGGAUGUUGUAUAUUUUGUUCUGGCUGGGCCCUGACAUAUUUCACCGUGCAGAAGUCUUUGGUGCUAGUGUCGUUGUCAUAUGGGGCGCUGACACAAUUUGGCCUGUCAACAGCGUAUGGUCCGCCGGUUCAAAACGCCUCAAAGUGGUUACCAAAGAGACCGGCUUUGGCUGUUGGACUAAUUGUAUGUGGAGUUGGGGGAGGAGCCAUGGUGUUCAAUCAAGUUAUCACAGCAUAUCUAAAUCCAGACAAUCUAUCACCAGAUUUCGAAUCUUCAGACGGACAAAAGUAUUUUACGGAUAAAGGAUUACUGGAUCGUUUACCGACUUUGUUUUUAAUCUUAGCCGGUAUCUAUGCGGUUUGCCAAAUUAUAGGCAUUGCGGCGCUUUCAAAACCACCCGAAGACGAGGUAGAAGCAAAACGACUACUCAACGAUAGCAGAAGUUCUGAUGGACAAAUACAUGGAUUACGACUAUCUGUGAAAGACGUACUGUUGCAAAUGAUAAAGAGUAAAAAUUCAAAUAUAGUUUUGGCGUUCACAUUUCUUAUUCAGGGAGGUAUGGUAUUUGCGAUUAGUUUGUAUAAGGCUUACGGACAAACGUUUAUCAACGAUGAUCAUUUUUUGGCGACAGUAGGGUCAAUAUCGUCUGUAUUUAACUCAAUUUGUCGUCCAUUGUGGGGAACAAUAUAUGACAAAUUCGGAUUUCAAAUUGCCGUUAAAUUUGUGUGCACUUUAUUUACAUGUCUAUCAUGUACUAUCAUGUUUACAGAGACCAUGGGAAAAUAUCCAUUUAUGCUGUGGAUUUGUGGAUUAUACGCUAGUUUCUGUGGCAUAUUUUCUAUAUGUCCAACAACUCUCGGAAAACUGUUUGGUGUUGAUAAUAUGGUGAUUACAAUGGGUUUAUUCUUCAGCGCUCUUUCAGUUUCAAGUUUAUGUGCUGGCUUUAUUGGGCUGAAUUUGCAAUCAGUACUGGGAUGGCAUGGACUCUUUGUGUUUGGUGGUUCCCUUGGAGCUAUAGCUUUCUUUGUAACAUUUUUCUUUGAUGGGAAGGAUCAAAAUGGGAAGCCAAUUUGAAUUAUUUAGACACAUGGUUUACGAAAGCUGUUCAAAUUUGUCAAGUUUAAGAUAAAUUAAAACUCAGAUCUGGUACCUGUUUAGAUGAAACAUUGGCAACAAUAUGACAACGAAGAAUACUUGAUCACGUGAUGCUGACACAGUUCUGACGGGAUGAUUUCAUUAAACAUUAUGGCAUCUUAUUUAUCUUAUUUAUAUAUUUUCUCUCACAUCUCUUAUAUAACGCACGAAUCAAAGUGAAAUUAUGUGAUAAUAAGCGUUGCUUUUGGUGUCAUACGUGGUGUAAUGCAUUUCGUAUCUUGUUCUGAUAUAUAUAUUUGACAAAUCUAUUAAAUAAACUUAUUUCUACUGAACUAUUGUCUAUUGUAUUGUGUUGAAUUGUA